GUACGAUAAUACAUGUUAUCUACAGUACAGAUACAAAGUUCAUUACCAACAGUAUAUGAUUAAUUAUAGACACUAUGUGGAUACGUGGAGUAAAUUAUAAUUUUACAAAAUCAAAAACAAAGGAAAAAUCACUAUGUAUAUCAUGACAGUGUAUCCAGUUUUCUUAAUCGUGGCUAUUACCAUCGACAUUACCACUAGUUCAGCGCUUUCAUGGUUUGGUUCUAAUGAUGCGCACAUCUGUGACGUCAAAGAGGCGAGUCUUGACUGCAGAAAUAGAAACUUGUCAACGGUACCUAGUUUUCCUAAUCUGCCAGACACUAUUAAACAUUUAGAUUUUUCGUUUAAUAACAUAAAAACUGUCAACAGCUUUAACAUAACUUUUCCGUCUUCUAUUGUUGAAAUUUCAUUUGCGCAUAAUAUAAUUAUAACAAUUCAAAAAGGUGUUUUUGAAAAUUUUACAAAUCUGGAAAAUUUAGAUCUUUCAUACAACAAAAUAAGCAAAGAUUCGUUUAAAGAUGAUGAUUUGGAUUUGGAAAUUGGACGUGCUAAACGUCUUACGCUACAGGGUAAUGAUCUCGGCUCGUUAGAAGAUAACACAUUUUCAGCGUAUUAUUUUUCAAAGUUGGAAUAUCUUGAUCUCUCCUACUGCUCAUUGAAAUCUUUGCGAGAUGCGUCGAUAAUUAAUCUAGACAAUUUGAUUUUUUUAAAUCUUAGUAACAAUUUGUUAACAAAAUUUGAAGAAGAUAUAUUACCGGGAGAAUUAGGCUUAGAAAAACUUGACAUUAGUUUCAACAAAAUAACUACCGUUAAGGACGUGCCGGUGUUGUUAGAAUUGAAAACAUUAAUUAUGGAUUAUAAUGGAAUAGAGUUUAUAAAAGACGGUGCAUUCUCAACCUUACUUGGACUUGAAGUUCUGUCGCUUGUUGGGAAUAAUAUGAAAACUUUACGUCCCAACACAUUACCACUGGAUACUAUUAUAUCUCUCAAAGAGAUCAGACUGGAUAAAAACCCAUGGCGAUGCGAUUGCAACAUGGAUUGGUUACUCACCAAUAUGGACGAUGGUUUUCACUUUAAAAACUUUACAUUAAUAUGUUCAUUUCCUUCAAGACUUCGAGGAAAGAAUAUUUUCACUACAUCUAGUAACGAACUUACAUGCAGGUCAGAAUAUUCCAGACUUACGUAUAUAUUGAUUUUAUUUUUCUCCGCGAGUUUCAUGGUGACAGGACUGAUUUAUGCAAUUUAUGUCAAACGAAAGUAUUUCAAGUGUUGUGAAAAGAAAGGAGGCGAUUAUGUCGCCGUAUUUACAAAUGACAAUACAAAUGACGAAGAAGGAACGAACGUCAAAAUCACAACUGCAGACGAUGAAUCACUGGUCAAAAAUGAAGAGAGGACGGGAAAUGGAAAAGUUCAUUAUUUCGAUGUUUGAUUGACAUUUGUGUUUUAAUAUUUCAAUAAUAGAAUCGUUCAAUAUUCAUUUUCCCCCCACCACCACCCCAUUACUCCCUCAAAGUUUAGCUAUACCAUAACAUGCAUUCUAUUGUCCGUUUGUCCAUCUAUCCGAUUGAUAUUGGUAGUAUUUUACCACUACACUACUCGAGUAUAGUAUAACAUUACAUGUACUUAAAAUAAAUUUUUUGAGUGACUGACA